AUGACGAACAUUAACCCAGAGAACAACACAGAAUAUACUGCAACAGGAGUUGUUUACAAUGAUCUAGAUCAGAUCGUCCAACUCAAAGCCCCAAGAGGAAGGAAUUUAAUAAGACAACCUCCACCAAAGAUAUAUGUUGAUGAUGGUAGUAAUGGGUUCAACUUAGUGUAUCAUUACUCAUAUCCUCAAUAUGCAAAAAUUGGGUCUACCCCAAACGUGACAAACCAUUAUAUGAACCUUUAUGAUGAAGCAAGGUUUCAUGCACCAACGAAGAAAGAACCUGAUGCAUCAAGAUUACAUGAAUUCGCAGACCAUGAUGGUUAUAGCGAUUACUCAAUGCCUGUAAGACUUUAA